AUGGCGUUAUUGGAGUAUACCAUGGAUCUCAAUUUCGGAAAAUGCUGUGGUUCUAAAAAGAAGGAAUCAUGGAGGUCGGUUAUGCUUCUUGCUUAUCAGAGUCUUGGUGUCGUUUAUGGAGACUUGAGCAUCUCUCCGCUGUACGUCUUCAAGAGCACUUUCGCUGAAGACAUUCGACACUCAGAGACCAACGAAGAGAUCUUCGGUGUUCUGUCUUUCGUUUUCUGGACUCUGACUUUGGUCCCUUUGCUCAAGUAUGUCUUCAUUGUCCUUCGAGCUGAUGAUAACGGAGAAGGUGGAACUUUUGCUUUGUACUCUCUGAUAUGCCGUCAUGUCAAAGUUAGCCUCCUCCCAAACCGACAAGUAGCUGACGAGGCACUGUCCACUUAUAAGCUGGAGCAUCCGCCGGAGAAGAACCAUGACUCUUGUGUGAAAAGAUAUCUGGAGAAGCACAAGUGGUUACACACUGCUUUGCUGCUUCUGGUUCUUCUUGGGACUUGUAUGGUUAUUGGAGAUGGACUUCUCACUCCAGCUAUCUCAGACGAGAGUAAGUGGAUGGAUGUCUCUAGGCGGGAUCUUGUUGUGUAUAACUGGUGA